UUGAGCGAGGGAGAAAGAGAGCACACACAGGCAGUCUCUCAGGGCCCCUGGAGUCACGGAUAAGGACGUUUUGUGUGUGUGGGUGCCUUCCCAUUGGAAUCCAGAUAGUACAAGGGACUGCCUCCCAGCGGAGAAUACCCAGCUAGGGAACAGAAGAAGCCACCAGCAAUCCUCCUCGUCCAUCGCCUCUUUUAUGUGGCCGGUCGUGUGCAGCACAGGGCAGCACCAGAAGGAUUGCAAAGCUUCAUUUGCUUCAGAGGAAAAUCCACGUUUUGCAUCUUGAAUUGUAUUGUGACCAGGGGGAUUUUGCAUUUACAGAAGCCAGGAUUGUUGUGCAUUGUUUUGAUACAAAUACCUAGUGGGUAGUGUGUGCAGCCAGGACCUAUGGUGUGAGCCAUAGUAGGGGUUUGCCAGUCGCUCCCCCCUUUUUCGCCAGCUCUCACACAUAAACAAAACACGUUCAAGACACUUUCUGAAUGUGGGAAGUUGUAGAGACCUCCGGAUCGCGAAAUGUGGGGAUGGAAGGCGCUAAGCUUGACCAGCCGCCGUCCUCAUCUUCGUUGCCCGGUGCAGCAUGAAGAGCCAGCAGAGAGACUGGGAAGCCCGUGCCUGAUCCUCGCCUUCUUGCACCAGCUAAGACUCGGGGGUCUCCGUGAGUGCAGGACAAGCAGCGGCCACAGCCCUGCCACAAUAUGGCUUCGGCUGCUUAUGCGACUGAGUCGGAGGGCAGCGGGGAGCCAUAUGCCCGGCCAAGGGUAACCCACAGGAGGGGAAGGAGCCGGGGGGACCCGCACUGCAGAGUAGUGGCGCCGCCUGAUCUGGACUAUCUACAGCGGCCGAGCUACUGCGACGCGGCUUUCGCUCUGCAGAAUAUCUCUGAGGGGAAGGCCACGGGCAGGAAAGCUCCAUUAUGGCUCCGAGCAAUGUUUCAAAGACUAUUAUUUAAACUUGGUUGUUAUAUACAAAAAAACUGCGGAAAAUUUUUAGUGGUGGGUCUCUUAAUUUUUGGUGCUUUCGCUGUGGGAUUAAGAGCAGCAAAUCUUGAGACCAAUGUAGAAGAACUCUGGGUAGAAGUUGGUGGACGGGUAAGCCGCGAGUUAAAUUAUACACGACAGAAGAUUGGAGAAGAAGCAAUGUUUAAUCCACAACUUAUGAUCCAGACACCUCUUGAAAACGGUGCUAAUGUUCUGACAACAGAAGCUCUCAUGCAACAUCUCCAUUCGGCACAUGAAGCCACCAAGGUUCAGGUCUUUAUGUACAACAGGCAUUGGAAAUUAGAAGACUUGUGUUUUAAAUCUGGAGAACUUAUCACAGAAACCAAUUUUGUGGCAUCAAUUAUUGAAUCUUUAUAUCCCUGCUUGAUUAUUACACCUUUAGACUGUUUUUGGGAAGGAGCAAAACUUCAGUCUGGAACAGCAUAUUUUUACGGUAAACCCCCAAUGAGAUGGACAAACUUUGACCCCUUGGAAUUACUGGCAGACAUAAAGAAUUUAAACAUUAAUGCAGAGACGUGGGAGGAAAUGCUAAAUAAGGCAGAGGUUGGUCAUGGGUAUAUGGACAGACCUUGCCUAAAUCCAUCUGAUUCAAAAUGUCCCGCCUCCGCACCAAAUAAAAAUUCCACCAAACCACUGGAUGUUGCUCUUGUUUUAAGCGGUGGCUGUUAUGGACUUUCAAGGAAGUACAUGCAUUGGCAGGAAGAGCUGAUCAUAGGGGGGACAGUGAAAAAUGCCAGUGGAAAACUUGUCAGUGCCCAGGCGUUGCAGACCAUGUUUCAGUUAAUGACACCUAAACAAAUGUACGAGCACUUCAAAGCUUAUGACUAUGUUAGCAAAAUAAACUGGAAUGAGGACAAAGCAGCAGCCAUCUUGGAGGCUUGGCAACGCACUUAUGUUCAGGUUGUACAUCAAAGUGUUGCACAAAAUUCCACCCAGAAAGUUCUCUCUUUUACCACGACUACCCUGGACGAUAUCCUGAAAUCAUUUUCAGAUGUUAGUGUUAUAAGAGUGGCCAGUGGAUACCUAUUCAUGCUUGCCUAUGCCUGUUUAACCAUGCUGAGAUGGGACUGUGCCAAGUCGCAGGGUGCUGUGGGGCUGGCAGGAGUCUUGCUGGUUGCGCUCUCAGUGGCUGCAGGAUUGGGCCUGUGUUCAUUAAUUGGCAUUUCAUUUAAUGCAGCAACUACUCAGGUUUUGCCUUUUCUUGCUCUCGGUGUUGGUGUAGACGAUGUCUUUCUAUUGGCACAUGCAUUUAGUGAAACUGGGCAAAACAAAAGGAUUCCAUUUGAGGACAGGACUGGGGAAUGUCUGAAAAGGACAGGAGCUAGUGUUGCCUUGACAUCUAUCAGCAAUGUGACUGCAUUCUUUAUGGCUGCCCUGAUACCAAUCCCUGCACUCCGAGCAUUCUCCCUUCAAGCUGCUGUUGUGGUCGUUUUUAACUUUGCCAUGGUCCUACUGAUAUUUCCUGCUAUUCUAAGCAUGGAUCUAUAUCGCAGAGAAGAUCGCCGGCUUGAUAUCUUCUGUUGUUUCUCAAGCCCCUGUGUGAGUAGAGUGAUUCAGAUUGAACCUCAAGCCUAUACAGACAAUAAUGACAACACACGCUACAGCCCUCCCCCACCUUAUAGUAGUCAUAGCUUUGCACAUGAAACUCAAAUCACCAUGCAGUCAACAGUCCAGUUGCGCACAGAAUAUGACCCUCGAACUCAGUCGUACUACACCACAGCAGAACCACGGUCGGAGAUAUCCGUGCAGCCUACAGUGACUGCUCCCCAGGAAGUGAACAGCCAGACCCCAGAAAGCAUCAGCUCCACUCGGGAUCUACUUUCUCAGCUCCCAGACUCAGGCCUUUACUGCUUUGAGCCUCGUUGUACAAAGUGGACUCUUGCCUCUUUUGCAGAAAAACAUUAUGCUCCCUUCAUAUUGAAAACAAAAACUAAGAUUGGGAUCAUAUUUUUUUUCGUGGCUUUGCUGGCUGUUAGUCUCUAUGGCACUACGCGAGUACAUGAUGGACUAGAUCUGACAGAUAUCGUGCCCCGAGAGACCAGGGAAUAUGACUUUAUUGCUGCGCAAUUCAAGUACUUUUCAUUUUAUAAUAUGUACAUUGUGACACAACAAGUGGACUAUCCUCGUGCCCAGCGUUUACUAUACGACCUUCACAAGAGUUUUAGUGAUGUGAAAUUUGUCUUGUUGGAGAGUGACAAACAGCUUCCUAAAAUGUGGUUGCAUUACUUUCGAGACUGGUUACAAGGGUUGCAAGAUACUUUUGAUCGUGAGUGGGAAGCUGGCAAAAUUACUUACUACAAUUACAGAAAUGGUUCAGAUAAUGCAGUUCUUGCCUACAAACUUCUAGUACAUACUGGCAACCGGGAUUAUCCCAUCAACAUCAAUCAGUUGACUAAACAGCGCUUGGUGGAUGCAGAUGGGAUCAUUCAUCCAAAUGCUUUUUACGUCUACUUAACGGCUUGGGUGAGUAAUGACCCAGUUGCCUAUGCUGCUUCCCAAGCCAACAUCCGGCCCCAUCCUCCAGAAUGGCUCCACGACAAAGCAGACUCCAUGCCUGACACCAGGACAAGCAUUCCUGCAGCUGAGCCAAUAGAGUAUGCCCAGUUUCCUUUCUACCUCAAUGGUUUACGUGAAACUUCCGAUUUUGUGGAAGCUAUAGAGAAAGUCCGAGCCAUUUGUAACAACUAUACAAACCUUGGAGUGUCCAGCUACCCAAAUGGCUACCCAUUUCUCUUCUGGGAACAGUAUAUUGGACUCCGUCACUGGCUUCUCCUCUCCAUCAGUGUGGUUCUGGCCUGUACAUUUCUGGUGUGUGCCCUUUUUCUGCUGAACCCGUGGACUGCUGGAAUCAUUGUGAUGGUACUGGCCCUCAUGACAGUGGAGCUAUUUGGAAUGAUGGGGCUAAUUGGAAUUAAGUUGAGUGCUGUACCUGUGGUGAUCCUCAUUGCUUCUGUUGGCAUUGGUGUGGAAUUCACAGUGCAUGUAGCUUUGGCAUUUCUCACUGCCAUUGGCGAUAAGAAUCGCAGGGCUGUUCUUGCAUUGGAGCACAUGUUUGCCCCGGUGUUGGAUGGUGCUGUCUCUACAUUGCUGGGAGUCCUCAUGCUGGCUGGAUCAGAGUUUGACUUCAUUGUCAGGUAUUUCUUUGCAGUCCUGGCAAUAUUGACGGUUCUUGGUGUGCUAAACGGGUUGGUGCUUCUUCCAGUUCUUUUGUCAUUCUUUGGACCUUACCCUGAGGUUUCCCCUGCCAAUGGAAGGGACAGACUGCCCACACCUUUGCCAGAUCCACCACCAAAUGUUGUGAGAUUUGCGGUACCUCCAAGACAAACACAAGCUGGGUCAGAUUCUUCUGACUCUGAAUACAGUUCUCAGACAACAGUGUCGGGCAUCAGUGAAGAGGUCCGUCAGUAUGAAACCCAACGCAGCGCUGGAGCAGCACCACAUCAAAUAUUUGUGGAGGCCACAAGGAAUACAGCUUUUCCAAGAUCCACUGUGGUUCAGCCAGACACCAGACAAAAUCAGCCUAGUCAAAGAACACAGCCCAAUCAGGAGCCCAGACCUCAACAAACAUGGCGGCAAAACAAGGAUCAUAAGAGGGACUCAAAGGAAUGUUCACGGCCGCCUCCAUAUAGACCUCGCAGGGAUGCAUUUGAAACUCCUACUGAAGAGCAUGCUGGUUCUAGUGCCAGGGAUCGCAUAGGACAUAGAUCCCAUACACAGAACAUUAGAAAACCUGCAUUUGCUCCUUCUGGUGCUUCAUUACCAACAUACUGCCAGCCUAUUACUACUGUGACUGCCUCAGCUUCAGUUACUGUUGCUGUGCACCCUUCUAUGUGUAGCCACAACUCUCGUGGAGGAUACCCAUUCUGCAGUGGGUACCACGAAAAUGACAGUGGACCUUUUCAGGAUCCUCAUGUGCCUUUUAAUGUGCGCUAUGAGAGAAGGAACUCUAAAGUAGAGGUUAUAGAGCUGCAAGAUGUUGAAUAUGAGGAAAGGAGACAAGGAAAUGCCUCAAAUUAAGGGAUUUAUACAUAUUGAAUCAUUGAAGGCCAAAGAUUGGACAGAAUUUCCAGACUGGUUCAAGAAAUCUGCUGGAAGUUUACUUUAAGGACAUGCUGCAUCAGGACAACAGUUUACUGUUACUGUAACCUAUUGUAUAAAUGUUAAAUAUUGCUAUAAAUAUUUAAAAGAUGUAUACAUAUGUAAUAUACGAGAGAACUAUGUAAAGUAGUAUAAUUGGAGAGUUCUAGGACCCUCUUUAAUGUACAGGAUUUGCUACACUUCAGAUUAAUCUAGGUAUUAAAUCCAGUGUAUUUUUUCUGCUGCUUAAAUAUUGUAUAAUUGACUUGUAUAAUUCUAUGCAAAUAUUGCUUAUGUGAUAGGUGUUAUUUUAUGUGUGUAAAACUAUGUGUUCAGAUGUUAAAUGUUCAUAUCACAACCCUGUGGUAGUAUAUUACUGUUAAUUUUCAAACACGCUAUGCGUGAUUAAUUUCUUUCAAAUGGACAGAUAUGAAGAAUUUGUCUGGUGGUGUUUGUAGCUAGACUAUAUGCAGGUUUUCUUGCAUUUCCUCGUGUUUUUAUAUGUGUGCAACAAUGUGAUGUGGUGUGGUGCACUCUUUUUCCUCUGUAUUGCAUUUUCCCGGUAUCCUUCUGUAAUCCGGUGAUGUUGGGAAUUAUUCCCCUCCAUCCUGAGCUUCAGCACUUACAAGCAGAAGAUUUGUACCAUGAUUAGGAAAUCACUUCCAGGUUUUGUAAUGUCAUAUGUCCCUCUUCCUUUAUGUUGUAGAGGAGGAUGCAGGCUUUUGCAUCAUGCCUUGAACUCAGAAGAACAUAUUUUUCUAUGGCACACGUCACCCCCUCUUUCUGCCACAUGUUGGUGCUAAUCCACAUACUUAAUUCUUUGUGACUUGUCCUGAAAUUUUUUAAUGGUUUCCCUAUCUAUCUACCUCCCUUCUUCCAUUACAUAUAUAGAUAAUGUUGGUUGCUCAGAGUUUAUUAUCUAUAUGCUGUUAAUUUAAUGCAAAUGAUGAGAUUUAUUUUCUUUUUUUGUUUUUAGUUUUCUAUACGUUUUUUUUUUUCUGUUUUGGCGUCUUGUGGUGUAUCACAUUGCAAAACCCUCUGUGACAGAACUUUUAGCUGAAUAUACUUAAAACAGUUAGGCACUUGUUUGCAAAUAUGCUAUUUAAACCCUUACAAGGAAUACGUAGCUGUUUUUCUUAAUUCUCAAUAUAAGCUAUUGUUUUUAAAGCACACUGAGACUUAUACAACUGCCCUUGUAUCAACCUCACUCAACUCUCUUGAGAGAAACCUCUUUGCAACAAUAAGACAAUGGGUCUUUUUUUUUUUUUUAAUAACUUUAAAGACAAAUUACUUGUACAAAUACAAUACUAAGCCUAGGUGGUUAUAAAGCUUAAUUUUUUAAAAGAGCAUGCUUGGCUCAGUUAUUCUCAACAAGUUCCAAUGUCUCUGUAUUUUCUCAGUAAUACAUUACACGUAAAUGUCCCUGUCAUUACUGAAUGUAGCAAAGCAACAACAAAAAAAUAGUCACUUAUGGUUUUAAACAUUUUAGAAGAUUUUUAAUUGUAAAUAUAAAUUUAUAAUAAUUGCUCUCCUAACCAAAUUUUAUUGGCAUUUAAAUUAUUGAAAGCUUAGAUAUUAGCAAAGCAGUCAAUUUAUUUAAAAAAAAGUUUUAUGACCUGUAAAUUAAUAUUUUAAAAUGUUGAGAAUCAACGUGCUAGCACAUGGUUUUGAAGGUAUUGUUACGGCUUCUUUUUGUCAUAGAAAUCUGUUUUUCAAGUCAUAUUAUGUUCAGCAUCUUUUCACCUUUUCUCUCUUUUUAGCGUGUCUGCUGCCUUCUGCACAGUAUAGACCUUUUUAUAUCUCCUAUAGUCACAUUGGCAAAGGGAGAACUCUUUAGCUGGCAAUGUUUUUUUUUUAUUUUAAUUAACUGUUUCAUAUUUAUAUUUUUGUAAAAUAAGAAUGUGUUCCUACAGUAUUUGUCAUGCCAGUUUAUAACAAAACAAUGCAGGGAUUUUUUAUUAUUUCUAUUGGAAUACACUAUUACAGCUAUGUUUUUAAUUAUUUUUUUUUAUUUGUAUAGAGUGCUUUACUAAUGUUAAAUAGGAAAAAAAGAGUAUAUAACAUUUUACAUUAAGGUCUCAUAGCCUUUUAGAUUAAGGAGUUAAAAGGAAAAAAAAAAUAUUCAAACUGGGUCUCAUUGGCUGCCUUUUUAUAGCAGUCAAUGAUUUUAUGUCAUUUCAUUUACAAAGAUAAAAGUAUGCCAUAUAAUUUAUUUAUAUGAAAAUUUAUUUUUGUAGUGUACAUAGUAGUCAUCAAGUCUUGACAGAAGUAUAUUUUUAAAGAGUUUAUAUGUAUUGAUACCAUUGUGAGACAUACAACUUGGCUAAAGUGCACACUUGCUUUUGAAACUUCACCAGGCAAAAGAUUGCUUAACCCCUUUGUGUCUGUGGGUGGCUUGCAAGGCUCAGCAAUGCUGUCUGUUGGUUGCUUCUUCAGCCGUGAACGGGUUAACCACAUUAAGAGAGCUUAACAAUUCUUACCAUACAGAAAGUGUUUUAGUUCCAUUUAUAAUCUAGUGUGGUUUAUUUCUCAAUUAUUUGAAAGUGAAAUUGUAAAAAAAUAAAAACUCUCUCAAUAUUAAUGUUCAAACACUGAUAGAAAUUCUAACAUGAAUAAAAAUUAUUAUAACUUAUUUGUUACUUUA